CUGCUUUCCUCGCCCGCCGCGUGCCCGCAAGGCCGCAAGAGCACAUUAUCUUGUACCAUGGCCAGUGAGGAGGAUGUGAAGCAGCGGCAAAUCGUUGAAGACCGUGCAAGAAAUAUUAGCCACAAUGUCCGGUGCACCGAGUGUGGCAGCCAGUCCAUUGAAGAUUCACAAGCAGAUGUUGCAGUUCUCCUUAGAAGGCUAAUUCGUGAUGAGAUAAAAUCUGGAAAGAGUGAUAAGGAGAUCUACAAAAAGCUGGAAGACGACUUUGGAGAAACAGUUCUAUAUGCCCCUAAAUUUGAUCUUCAAACUGCUGCUAUAUGGUUAUCACCGGUCAUUGUGGGUGGUGUAGCAGCUGGUAUCUGGGCUUAUCAAAAGCACAGGCAAAGGACCAACGUUCACAUUAUGGCUCUGAACCUGGUCAGAGGGGUUCCCCUGACUCCAAGGGAGAAGGAGACCAUGAUUGACAUCCUUACACCUCCUCCACCACCAAGGAGGUGGUGGUGGCCUAUCAAGUGAUGCUCAGUGGUAGCAGUAUACGUAUGCGCAGGAUGGCUCUCGAUUUAUAUCUCACACACACACUUGGAGCUUUGACUACGAUUUUUUUGGUUUAACCAAAUGCCUGCACGUCUUGGCAUUUGUACUGUAUGAACCUAGGAGUACUUGUUUUGCAGAUUGUGGGAUAUUGAUAGUGAGAAACAGCCUGCUGUUGAACUUCCCAGGCGUGCUGUUGAACUGACAAACAAUGUGCUGUGUCUGCUGAUCCUCAUGUAGCAGCUUAGCAGAGAAGUACGUAACUCUGUCUCCAGAAUAAGCUAGUACAGUAUUUGAUUUUCCUAGUCUUUUUACAUGUAAAUCGUUUAUGUACUCAAUGUACUGAAAUUGUGCAUGCUCUUUUGCACGUCUUGUUUGUUUUGUCUGCACUACAUCUAACCCGUGUCUCCUGACCUCAUGUAGUAGCAGAGAAGUGUGUAACUUUGUUUCCAAAAU